UUCCUCAAGACCAGUAAAGAUGCUGCGAGUUCUGAUUUUCUCUGCCCUCGUUUGCCUGGCGUUGGCCCACGGCAGCAGUGAAGAAUCUGAUUCAACAGUCUCUUCGGGUGACAGUGAGGAGAAUUACAGAGAGAAGCGAGGUUACUGCCCAAGUAAUGUUAUCCUUGAUUCCUGUCCAACCACUUGCCCCGGAGGCUCCAACUGCUCUAAUGCCGAGUGUUCCUUUGACAUUGACUGCCCAGAACUCCAGAAAUGCUGUAACACCAACUGUGGAAUGAAUUGCAUUGACCCGGAAUACAAGCCAACGUGUGAGAAGAAUAAUGACUGCAAAGAAACUUUAAUCUGCUGCAAAGGACUCUGUGUCCCUCCCAAGCCUCUGUCCCCUAUGCAAUGGCUGAACGGAAUAUUUGAAAAUCCAGAAUGUGACUGAGGAGUCAGCGCAGUGUUUGAACAUGGAUGUAUCAUGAACAUUUUAUAAACAAUAAAUAUAGCAAAUCUUGUA